UGGCCCAAAAACAGCAAAUACAAUAAAAGAAAACAAUAAUGCGAAGUACGUUGAAAAGGAGACGGGAAUCGCUGGUGGACCGUACGGCGGCGGUGGUCGUAGCUUGCCGGAGGAGCCCCGUGAUGCGCUUUGGUGCGGGGGGGAGGAGGAGGAGGGGGAGGAGGAGGGGUGGAGGGGGAAAAAAAGCUAGCCUAGCUACCAGCCAGAUAAACACUCAGCGGUGGCUUGCGGACUCGCAGCAGUGACAUGGCGGCACAGUUAGCCAACGCUAACGUCGUUCCACCGCCGCCUUCGCGAAGGUCAGCUCAGCCCAUGACGCACAGAAUCUAACACCGAAGAGGACGGACGACUCAAGCGUUAACACCUUGCAGAAGUGGACGAUGCUUAGAGCUUUCCCGAUGUUGUCGUCUUGCAGCGAUGGCCUGAGGGACUCCGCGCACUGAAACCAAGACGCUGAUAUGCAUUGAGGAUGAGUGGCAUCGGGGAAAACUCGUCCGACCCUGCCAGGGCAGAGUCGCGAAAACGUAAAGAAUGUUCUGCUGAACUUCUUGGACCAAGUCCCAAGCGGAGCAACGAGAAACGCAACCGCGAGCAUGAGAACAAGUACAUCGAGGAGCUCGCCGAGCUGAUCUUCGCCAACUUCAACGACAUCGACAACUUCAACGUGAAGCCCGACAAAUGUGCCAUCCUGAAGGAGACCGUGAAGCAGAUUCGGCAAAUCAAGGAGCAAGAGAAAGCAGCCGCCACCAGCGAGGAGGAGGUGCAGAAGGCCGAUGUUUCAUCCACGGGCCAGAGCGUGAUUGACAAAGAUGCCCUGGGACCCAUGAUGCUCGAGGCCCUGGACGGCUUCUUUUUCGUGGUGAACAUGGAGGGCAACAUCGUGUUUGUGUCCGAGAACGUGACGCAGUACCUGCACUACAACCAGGAGGAGCUGAUGAACACCAGCGUCUACAGCGUGCUGCACGUCGGAGACCACGCCGAGUUCAUCAAGAACCUGCUGCCCAAAUCCCUCGUGAACGGCGUGCCGUGGUCAAGCGACGGCCCGAGACGCAACAGCCACACCUUCAACUGCCGAAUGCUGGUCAACCCGCACAGCGAGAGCCCUGAGCACGCGCACGAGCACGAGCCGCCGCAGCAGCAGAAGUACGAGACCAUGCAGUGCUUCGCCGUGUCGGAGCCCAAGUCCAUCAAGGAGGAAGGCGACGACUUCCAGUCGUGCCUGAUCUGCGUGGCUCGCCGGGUUCCCAUGAAGGAGAGGCCCAUGUUGCCCACGCACGAGAGCUUCACCACGCGCCAGGACCUUCAAGGCAAGAUAACCUCCCUGGAUACCAGCCUGCUGCGGGCCUCCAUGAAGCCGGGCUGGGAGGACCUGGUGCGUCGUUGCAUCCAACGCUUUCACCUGCAAAACGAUGGCGAGAUGUCCUUCGCCAAACGACAUCAACAAGAAGUGCUUCGCCACGGCCAGGCGUUCAGCCCCAUCUACCGCUUCUCCCUCUCGGACGGAACCAUCGUGUCGGCCCACACCAAGAGCAAACUGGUGCGCUCUCACGUCACCAACGAACCACAGCUUUACAUGUCGGUGCAUAUUCUCCAGAGGGAGCAGACGGUGUGCGGCAUGGGCCAGGACAUGGGUCCUGGCACCCAGGCUACGGGCAUGGCUCCCAAGCCCAUGAACUCCUCCACCCCAUCCAUGACUCCCCCAACCCCGGGCAGCUUGCCAGGCGCAGGACCUCAGCGUGUCGGCCUCCAUUCUCCCUCCCCGGUGGGGAUGGGUGGCGGCGCAGCGGGCAGCCAUGGCAGCGGCUACACCAGCAGCUCUUUGUCGGCCCUUCAGGCCCUAAGCGAGUGUCACGGAGUCUGUCACGGGCACACGCUGGGGUCUCCUGAUCGGAGGUUAGGCUCCCCGGCGAGCGCCCCGCCGGGAUCGGGGGCUCAUCCCAUGUCGAGACCGGGACCGGGUUCCGCGGACUCUUUUGAAGCGGGUCAGAGCGGGCACGCGGCGGGCCCGACGGAAACUAACCCGGUGGAUCCAAAAGACGAGCGCGAGGACGACGCUCACUCUCGCCUUCACGACAAGGGCCACACCAAACUGCUGCAGCUGCUCACCAACAAACCGGAACCUCUGGAGACGCCCCUGUCCCCCAACGGGGGGUCCGAGGCGAAAGAAGGGGCCGGCAUCCGCGGCGGGCUCCCCGGAGUUACGACGCACGCCACAUCCCUCAAGGAGAAACACAAGAUCCUCCACCAGCUGCUCCAGAACAGCACGUCUCCCGUGGACCUGGCCAAGCUCACUGCCGAGGCCACCGGGAAGGAGCUGGGCCAGGAGCAAGGCCAGGGUGCUGCCGGCGCAGAUGGCGGCCCCAAGCAGGAGCCCCUCAGCCCCAAGAAGAAGGACAACACUCUUCUGCGCUACCUACUGGACAAGGACGAUGGCGGAUUGAAGGACAAGGCGCCCAAACUGGAACCUGGGGAGGUGAAGGCGGAAGGGGGCAAACACCCGCUUGUCAAAACGGAGAAACCAGAUGUCGGCUACGAUCAAGCUGAACAGUCGUCAGAGCUGGAUGACAUCUUGAACGACCUGCAGAAUGCCCAGCCGCAGCUGUUCUGCGAGCCGCGGCCCGUCUCGCUGCCCAGCCCCAUGGACAAGCAGAACAUCAUCAACGACAUCCUGCAGAUGUCCGACAACAGCCCGGCCGCGGCGGCGCAGCAUCUGCAGCACAAGAAUGUGACCGCUGGCAUGGGGCCCACCAAUUUCGGGGGCGUGCGGCCGGGCCCGCAGGGCAGGGCCGGGCCGGCGAGGAGUGUGUCGUUGGAGAUGAGCGCGUCGCCGCAGUACCCCAUGAGGACACCCAGCCCGUACACGCUAGUUCAACAACAACAACAGCAGCAGCAAAGCAUGGUGGGAGGACAUGGCAUGAUGGCGAGCCAGACCAACAUGGUUGUCCCAGGCCUCAUGGGUCCAGGCGCUCCUCGGCCGGGUAUGCAGCAGCAGCAGCAGCAGGAGGGCUGGGUGGGCUCAGCCUCGACCCCGCAGCUGGCCCAGGGCCGGAUGGGCCCCGGCGGCGCUCCCUUGAGGCCGGGAGGGCCGCCGGGGCCUCGGCAAAUGCUCCAGACCUCCAUGAUGCCCAACGCCCAACCUGACAUGGACAUCAGUAUGGUCAGCCACUUCUCCCAGCAGCAGGCUCCGCCCAAUCAGACGGCGCCUUGGCCGGACAGCAUGAUGCCCAUCGAGCAGACGGCUUUCGUCAACCAGAACAGGUCGCUGCACCCGACUCCUCAGGAGGACUUGUGCAGCAUUGGCCUCGGCGGCGGCCAAGGGGGACCGUUGGACGAGGGGGCCCUCAUGUCUCAGCUCUACACGGCACUGAAGGAUUUCGACGGGCUCGAGGAGCUGGACCGGGCACUCGGCAUCCCUGCGCUGGUAGAACAAAACCAGACGCUAGACCAGGACCAGUUUCCACAGGACCCCUCCUCAAUGAUGCUGGAACAAAAGCCCCCCAUGUACGCCCCGCAGCAGUUUGGCCCGCCCCCGUCGCAUCUGACGCAGAGGGGUUACCCUGGCGCCCCCAUGCAGGAGCCGGGCUUCCACCCCAUGGCCGCCCAGAUGCCGCCGCGUCCCGGUUACCCAAUGAUGAGGAUGCAGGCCCGGGCGGGACUCAGGCCCAGCGGGGUGGUGGCCAACCAGCCCAACACGCUGCGGCUACAGCUGCAACAUCGGCUACAGUCACAGCAGAACCGACAGCCAAUGAUGACUCAGAUGAGUAGCGUGUCAAAUGUCAACCUACCUCUCAGAUCCAAUGCUCCUAACCAGGGGACCAUCAACGCCCAGAUGCUGGCCCAGCGUCAGCGCGAGCUGUUGAGCAACCACCUGCGACAAAGGCAGCAACAGCAGCAGCAGGUUCAGCAGCAGCAGCAGCGGAGCAUGGCCAUGAGGGCGCAGGGCCUCAACCUGCCGCCCAACAUGAGUAGCCCGCGGAUCCCCCAGGCCAACCCCCAGCAGUUCCCCUACCCGCCCAGCUACGGUACCGGUACAGGCCUGGCCUCGUCACCUCCCCCUAGCAGCCCCUUCUCCUCCUCCUCGCCUCUCUCCUCCCCCAGCCUGCCGUCCCUCCCCGCCAACCCCCAGCUGCACUUGCAUGGCACCUGCUCCUCCUCCUCCUCCUCUUCCUCCUCCUCUUCCUCCUCCUCCUCCCAGCAGAUGAUGAUGGGAAACACAAAUAUGAUGGGCGGACAGUACAGGGCCGUUCUCAGCCCCCAAAUGCAGCACAGUGCCUUUCAGUUUCCCAACUCAGGUAUGAGCCAGCAGGCGGAGAGUGGCUUCGGUGGUCCCGGAGCCCCACCCAGCCCUCUGCUGUCCCCACGGGUGACGCACGCCCAGCAAUCCCCCAUGAUGCAGCAGGGCCCGGGCGGCACCCCCUUCCAGGGCUCGCCCGACAUCAACGGCUGGAAUCAGGGCAACGUGGCAGGGAGCAGUAUGUUCUCACAGCAGCAGGCGUCCCCUCAGUUCACCCAGCAGCAGCAGCAGAGUAACAGCAGCAUGUACAACGGCGUCCCCGGAAUGGCUCAGAUGGGCGUGACGUCCAUGUCGUCGCCCGGUUUACCCUCCAUGGGACAAGAGCAGGUAAGGACCCCGGGACCCACGUCAACUGCCCUAAAGCCAUUAAACAAACAA